CCGACCUCUAACACUAUGGGCGUUCUCUUCUCGGUUCUGAUCUCGCAGGGGUUCCCGCCGAAGAGCAAGUUCAGCGUCGACCAGAUCCCCGACCUCACAGGGCGCGUCGUCCUCGUCACCGGCGGUAAUGUCGGGAUAGGCUACGAGACAAUUAAGGCGCUCCUGCAGCACAAUGCGAAGGUUUAUAUGGCCUCGCGGAGCAAGGAUAAGGCGGAGAAGGCCAUCGCGGCGCUGAAGGAGGCGACGGGCAAGGAGGCGCUCUUCCAUGAGCUCGACCUCUCGAGUCUCGCGUCCGUGAAGAAGUCUGCGGAGGAGUUCUUGACGAAGGAGCACGAGCUGCAUAUCCUCUACAACAACGCCGGCGUCAUGAUUCCCCCCGUUGACCAGCUCACAAAAGACGGGUAUGACCUCCAGUUCGGCACGAACGUAGUCGCGCACUUCUACUUCACCGAGCUGCUUAUGCCGGCGUUGCUCGCGGGCGUCGCGUCGUCUCCGGACCACCACGCGCGCGUCAUCUACACGUCUUCCUCUGCCGCGUACAUUGGAAAGCUCCGCUACGACACGUUCAAGGACAGCCCCGCGCGCAGGAAGUUGGCUCGGGACGCGCUGUACUCCCAGAGCAAGCUGGGUAACGCCGUUGUCGCGCACGAGACGGCGAAACGUUAUGCGGACAAGGGCAUCAUCGCUAUCUCCCUCAACCCAGGUAACAUCAAGACCGACCUCCAGCGCUACGUCCCUGGAGUCGCUCGCAAGAUCAUGGACGCGCUCAUUCUCUACCCGGCGCCCUAUGGUGCGCUGACGCAGCUCUACGCCGGGACUUCAGAAGAGGCUCUGAACUACAACGGAGAGUUCUUCAUCCCCUGGGCACGUCCCGGGAAGUGUAUCAAGGAGGUGUACGACGCCGAGGUCGGUAAGAAGCUGUGGGAGUGGCUCGAGGGCGAGACCAAGGCCUUCGAGGCGUCACAAGCUACCGCCUAAUUCUCCUCCACACUCGAGCUAGGACUUUUCUAUGUUGUACGCUGAUCAUUCUCACAUUAUAGUACGAGCCAUAUUAUUGUAAUUUGGACUUUCGAUGCGCUAUAUAUCCUCUAUUCCCGC